GGCUAGUGCUUCACCGCCUCAACUUCCUCGUGACCGAGUCUUCCUCAUCCUCUUCGAUAUAACAUACGGCGCGACCUCUUUAUCUCUUUCACAAUUCAGCUCCCAAUCUCGAAAACCUAAUAAUCAUCUCUCAAUCGUGAUCAAGAUGCAGAUCUUUGUUAAGACUCUCACCGGAAAGACAAUCACCCUUGAGGUGGAAAGCUCUGACACAAUCGACAACGUCAAAGCCAAGAUCCAGGAUAAGGAAGGUAUCCCUCCGGAUCAGCAAAGGCUUAUCUUUGCCGGUAAGCAGCUAGAAGAUGGCCGUACCUUGGCUGACUACAACAUCCAGAAGGAAUCCACUCUUCACUAGGUCCUCAGGCUCCGUGGUGGUAUGCAAAUCUUCGUCAAGACGUUGACCGGAAAGACCAUUACUUUGGAGGUGGAGAGCUCUGACACCAUUGACAACGUUAAGGCCAAGAUCCAAGAUAAAGAGGGUAUCCCACCGGACCAGCAGAGGUUGAUCUUUGCGGGAAAGCAACUUGAAGAUGGCAGGACCUUGGCUGACUACAACAUCCAGAAGGAGUCUACGCUUCAUCUCGUUCUCAGGCUCCGUGGUGGUAUGCAAAUCUUCGUCAAGACGUUGACCGGAAAGACCAUUACUUUGGAGGUGGAGAGCUCUGACACCAUCGACAAUGUCAAAGCUAAAAUCCAAGACAAGGAGGGUAUCCCACCAGACCAGCAGAGGUUGAUCUUCGCCGGAAAGCAACUUGAAGACGGCAGGACUUUGGCUGACUACAACAUUCAGAAGGAGUCUACUCUUCACUUGGUCUUGCGUCUCCGUGGAGGUAUGCAGAUUUUCGUCAAGACUCUCACAGGCAAGACCAUCACCCUCGAGGUUGAGAGCUCCGACACCAUUGACAAUGUGAAGGCUAAAAUCCAGGACAAGGAAGGUAUCCCUCCGGACCAGCAACGUCUCAUCUUCGCUGGCAAACAGCUUGAGGAUGGUCGCACAUUGGCUGACUACAACAUUCAGAAGGAGUCGACACUUCACUUGGUGCUAAGGCUUCGUGGUGGUAUGCAGAUUUUCGUCAAGACUCUCACCGGGAAGACCAUCACACUGGAGGUUGAGAGCUCCGACACCAUUGAUAACGUGAAGGCCAAGAUCCAGGACAAGGAAGGUAUCCCUCCGGACCAGCAGCGUCUCAUCUUCGCUGGAAAGCAGCUUGAGGAUGGUCGCACAUUGGCUGACUACAACAUCCAGAAGGAGUCGACCCUUCACUUGGUCCUUCGUCUCCGUGGUGGUUUCUAAACUCUGUUAUGGUUACGCAAAAGUUUCUUAUAAAACUUGUGUAUUUUGGGGCUUUACAAGUACCCAAAUAAAUAAUUGAUGAACUAUGUUUGUGGCUUUUUAUAUUUCUCUUCUUUCUUUCUAAUGAAAAAUCGAAUUAAUGGAGUUAUAUCCUUCUAAA